AUGCUCACAUUUUCCAUGGCGGUCACUGGCAACGACAAUGACAAUGGCAUCAUCUAUAUUCAUGGUGGUGACCUUGAUUUGAAAAUCAUCAAGGCGCGACAGUUGCCGAACAUGGACAUCUUCUCGGAGCAUCUCCGUCGCUGCGUAACAUGUGACACUAUCAAAUUCCACUUUGACGACGUCUCCGCCCACAGUGGAAGCCAGCGGACGCGCCACAAUAGGAGGAUCAUCACGAGCGGCCCGUACAUGACGUUCCACAUCCCACUCGCGCAUCCAGUUGUGGAUUUGGAGUUUCGAGUGAAGGAUGACGACGUUUUUGGCGCGCAGACGAUGGGAACUGUGAAGAUUCUGGCGUGGCUGAUUGCUACUGGCCAGUUAAUUUUCGACUGGUUUCCUAUCAUUGGACCGUCCGGGAAGCCGGCGAAGCGAGACACAACGUUGCACAUGCAGAUGAAAUUCAUGCCGGUGGAGGAGAAUUUGCUUUACCAGCGAGGCAUUGCAGCGGAUCCGGAGCACUGCGAAGUGAGGAACACGUAUUUUUCAGUGAGAAAGGGGAGUUCAGUAAGGUUGUAUCAAGAAGCGCAAUGUCCCGAAUCUGGAAAAGGGAAGUUACCUGAGGUAAAGCUUGAGAAUGGAGAGGUUUAUAGGCACGGGAAGUGUUGGGAGGGUAUUUGUUAUGCCAUAUCUGAGGCUCAUCACAUGGUGUAUUUGGUGGGUUGGUCGAUUUACCAUAAGACUCAUGAUGAGGAAACCAAGAAGUUUUUUAAACAUUCUUCAGUAAUGUGUGUUUUGUCGUCUCGGUAUGCCAGCAACAAGAUGAGUUUCUUGAAGCAACAGGCAAGUGUUUGGAUCAUUCAGGGUUUGAUUCACUUUGACUCUAGAACAAGUCAACACUACUCAGGGAUCAUUAUACAGUUGUUCCAGAGGAUGACCCUUCAGUAUGGGUUUCUAGUGAAAAUGAUCCUGAAAACUGGCAUGUUCAGGUUUGACACUGCAAGCUUAGUUCUGAGCAAAUCUUAUGCUAUUCUUUCUUGA